UCCCCCCUUUUCCCUACGCUUCUCCCAGACGCUCGAGAUUACAGGAGUUUACUACAAGAGUUUGUUUUGGAUGUUUCAGGAGAACCUUUACAGGAUCAGAUUUUCGGUAUUUUUCAUUAAUGUAUUACUGUUACAGACUCGUAUUAGCCAACACUGUGUUUUAGUCUUUUUGGAAAAAACUUACUUUUUGUAGCGGUAAAAUAUACAGGAAACAUAUCUUUAGGAGCGUACUGGGCGGAGGCUCGGCCGCGAAUUUCGCCUAAAUUCAUCUACGUCGCAUUUCCCUUACAUUUUACUUUUUACAGGAUAGGCGGUCGCAAUUCAUUCGGAACAGGCAGACGUUCAUUGGUGCAGCCGCAGGGUUGUCUACAGACCGUUUGGCCGCAAUACACGCAUGCUGCAGGGACUUAAGAGCAGGAUUUCGGUAGUUGUUCGUUCCCUAAAUAACCGACACUGCCAUAUCAGUUUUCGUCGGGAACGCACAGCAUGAACGGCAGUGCCAUGGAUCUCUCUGUUUUGGUGGUAUUCUGCUUCUGUGUAGCUCCUGCUUUGGGAUCAGGGUUUGGCAGGGAGAUGCCAGGGCCAGCUUUAGGCUGGGAAAUGCCAGCAUCAACAGUGGAUGAAAAAGACUAUGAUGCUGCUUUUCACUAUGAUUAUCAGUCUCUGAGGAUUGGUGGGCUGAUCUUUGCUGUGGUACUGUUUUUCAUGGGCAUUUUCCUCAUCGUCAGCCGGAAAUGCCGCUGCAAAUCAAGUCCGAAGCCACGGCCUGCUGGGCUCCGUCCGGCACUGGCAGAGGCAGGGGCUGUGGCAGAUCCGCAGUGAUAUCAACUCUUGCCACCAGGCGACAGCAUUGGACAGCACAGCAUUACUUGCCCUCCAAGGGAGUACAACGAUCCUUUUUAAUUUCCAUUCUAUCGAUAUUUUCUUUUUUGCUUUUGUCUUUUUUUUUCUCUCUAUAUGUACAAUGACAGUAUUUUGAGAAAGUAUACAAUUGAUCCUGUAGCACUGCUGAAUUGUAGACUACCAAUUAAACUUCCAGUAAUGUGAUACACCGUUAUUUUGCCAGUUAGAACUCUACUAUAACGUAUAACUAUUUAAAAUUGUUAUGAUUCCAUAAUGUUGAAUAAAGGAUUGUAGAUUGGGA